AGAAUUCCUAUCUUGCCGCGAACCAAAAUCCGAACCCAGCCCUGAGUCCCAACACUUCAGUGAGCGGAGAGAGUGGGAUGGCGACGGAGGGUGAGGUGGUGUGUGUCACCGGAGGCAGCGGCUGCAUUGGAUCCUGGCUCGUCCGUCUCCUUCUCGACACCGUCCAAAUCUCAAGGACGAGAGCGAAACGAAGCACCUAGAAGCUCUAGAAGGCGCUGAGACUCGCCUCCGUCUUUUCCAGAUCGAUCUCGUUGACUACGGCUCCAUCGUCUCCGCCCUCAAUGGCUGCGUAGUAGUCUUCCACCUCGCCUCUCCCAGCACCAUCGAGCAAGUCCAAGAUCCCGAGAAACAACUUCUGGACCCCGGCGAUCAAGGGAACUAUAAAUGUACUGACGGCGGCGAAGGAAGCUGGGGUGAGCCGUGUAGUGGUGACAUCAUCGAUGCUGGCCAUGACUACGAGCGCUAAUUGGCGAGACGACGUUGUCGAGGCUGAGGAUUACUGGACCGACAUUGAGGACUGCAAGAAGAAGGGAUUCUGGUAUCCGAUUUCUAAAACACUAGCAGAGAAAGCAGCUUGGGAUUUUCCCAAAGAGAAGGGUUUGGAUGUGGUGGUGGUGAACCCUGGGUUGGUGUUGGGCCCUGUUAUUCCUCCUAGAAUCAACGGAAGCAUGUUAUUGUUCGGUAGCCUUCUCCAGGGGCGCACUGAAGCACCUGAGGACCUUUUUAUGGGAUUUGUGCAUUUUAAAGAUGUAGCCCUAGCACAUAUCUUGGUGUAUGAGAACAAAUCAGCAACUGGAAGGCACUUGUGUGUUGAAUCUAUAUCGAAUUAUGGUGAUUUUGUAGCAAAGAUUGCUGAACUUUACCCCGAAUAGAAGGUGCCAAGGUUGCCUAAGGAUACCCAACCUAGGUUGUCGAAGGCGACGCUUGGAUCCAAGAGGCUUAGGGACUUGGGUUUACAAUUCAUUCCCGUGGAGCAAAUUAUCAAGGACGCUGUUGAGAGUCUAAAGAGCAGAGGAUUUAUUUCUUGACUAUCGUACGCCGCACCAUGUUAUCAUUCCAGCUCAAUUGGCAAGGCAGCUUAUAUUGGCAAAAAUAAACUAAAAUCCGAACCCAGCCCAGGGUAAAGAGUUCCACACUUCAGUGAUCGGAGAGAGUAACUGUGGGAUGGCGAAGGAGGGUGAGGUGGUGUGCGUCACCGGGGGCAGCGGCUGCAUUGGAUCGUGGCUCGUCCGUCUCCUUCUCGACCGUGGCUACACCGUCCACGCCACCGUCCAAGAUCUCAAGGACGAGAGUGAAACGAAGCAUCUAGAAGCCCUAGAAGGCGCUGAGACUCGCCUCCGUCUCUUCCAGAUCGAUCUCCUUGACUACGGCUCCAUCGUCUCCGCCGUCAAUGGAUGCGCUGGAGUCUUCCACGUCGCCUCUCCCCUCGUCCAUCAAGUCUCGGAUCCCCAGAAGCAACUUCUGGACCCGGCGAUCAAGGGAACUAUAAAUGUUCUGACGGCGGCGAAGGAAGCUGGGGUGAGCCGUGUAGUGGUGACGUCAUCGUUGAUGGCCAUUACUACGAGCUCUAAUUUGCCAGACGACAUUGUCGAGGCUGAGGAUUGCUGGACCGACAUUGAGGACUGCAAGAAGAAGGGAUUCUGGUAUCCUGUUUCUAAAACACUUGCUGAGAAAGCGGCUUGGGAUUUUUCCAAAGAGAAGGGUUUGGAUGUGGUGGUGGUGAACCCUGGGAUGGUGUUGGGUCCUGUUAUUCCUCCCAGACUCAACGCAAGCAUGUUAAUGUUCUGUAACCUUUUCCAGGGUAGUGCUCUAUUUGUGCAAUGUGGCUUUUAG